AUGGCACCUCUCGACUUUGAAUCGUUUUACAAUGUCAUUGAUGGCAAGCUAGAGGCUACGGCCGAAACUCGCCAUGGUAUCAACCCGGCAACACUGGAACAACUGCCUCCAGUGCCUGUCAGCACGCGCAAUGACGUGAAUAGAGCGGUUGAAGCGGCCCAACGUGCUGCAGCAGCCUGGGCUGCAACACCUAUUGAGGAGCGCAAGCAGAAAGUCAUUCAAUAUGCUGAUGCUGUGGACGCUCUUGCUAACGAAUUCGGUAAAAUGAUGACUUUAGAGCAGGGCAAACCCUUGAGUCAUGCUAUAGGGGAGGCUCAUGGCGCGGCCUAUUUCUUGAAGGGGUUUGCAAAGAUGGAUCUCCCGGACCGAGUCGUUGAAGAUACCGAGCACCGCCGAGUAGUCACGCGUUAUGUACCUAUUGGUGUUUGCGUCGGUAUUGUUCCGUGGAAUUUGACCUUCAAGAUGGGGCCAGCUUUGGUAGCAGGCUGCACAAUCAUCUUGAAACCAUCCCCGUUCACUCCGUAUUGCGGCCUCAAAAUGAUUGAACUUGCCCAGCAAUUUUUCCCGCCUGGCGUCGUCCAAGUCUUGAGCGGAGAAGAUAGCUUGGGCCCUAUGCUCACUGAGCAUCCCGACGUAGCCAAGAUUUCCUUUACUGGCUCAACCGGAACCGGUAUCAGAGUGCUACAGAGCUCUGCACCCUCUUUGAAGCGAAUCACACUUGAAUUGGGCGGUAACGAUCCGGCAAUUAUAUGCUCAGAUAUUGAUAUCCCGAAAGUUGCAGCGAGGGUUGCCAUGAAGUCGUUUGUCAACAGCGGUCAGGUCUGCAUUAGUAUCAAAAGACUCUAUGUUCACUCCUCUAUAUAUGAAGAGUUCAUGGCAGAGCUGUCCAAGGCCACGAAGUCUCUUGUAGUGGGAAAUGGCAUGAAUGAAUCCACAGAUCUUGGACCAAUCCAGAAUGCGAUGCAAUAUGAACGACUCAAAGAUUUUGUGGCUUCUAUUAAACGUGAUAAACUCACGAUUGCAGUCGGAGACUUGGAGAAUACCUUUUCCACUGGCAACGGCUACUUCAUGAGCCCUCUCCUUAUUGACAAUCCACCCGAAGAUUCUCGGGCUGUCGUUGAAGAACCUUUUGGACCUAUACUUCCUGUUCUCAAAUGGGACACGGAGGAAGAUGUCAUCCACCGUGCGAAUCAUUCCGCUGAUGGGCUGGGAGCCUCGGUUUGGUCGCGUGAUAUGGCUCAGGCUGAAAGAAUGGCAGGUCAACUGCAGGCUGGAUUAGUUUGGAUCAACACCCAUCAGGAGCUUCAGGUGGAUGCGGUUUUUGGAGGGCACAAGCAUAGCGGAAUUGGCAGUGAGCUGGGGAUUGAGGGCCUCAAAGCAUACUGCCUGACUCAGUCCGUUAUACACGACAAAGACGGCGCAUAA